UGGUAGACCUGGUACAGGCGGAAGACCUGAUAGACCUGAUAAAAAUGGAAGACCUGAUAGACCUGACAGAAUGGCAAACAUGUGGAAUUGCAGCAACCUUCCACCCAUGGUCAGGCGGAUGAAUACCUCUUCUGAGGCAAUUGCAUGUUACAUGCGAGCAUAUUUAGCCCCUCUAGCCUUGAAGGCUCUGACCCCACAGAGUGAAUGCAACAUGACCUCAGAGGACAAAGACGCACUGCUUUGGGCUGCCCAACCUAUAAUGAUGGAUGAGUCUUUCAACGCUUUGGACCUUCCUUCCGAAAUUGAUACAAAAACACUAAAGAAGAUGCUGAAGAAAAGGUCUAAAAAAAAUAAAAAAGGUGCGUUAAAUUUGGUAAAAGAGCAUUUCGCCCUGAAGGACUUCAAAUGUACAACAAGGCCGCAAUCUGAUUCAAGAACAGUGAAAGUUGUCCCUUAUCAGUACAUGUGGAUCUGCAAACCACACACUCAAAUCAUACCCAUAAACUCCUGUAGGGUGGAUGUGAAGCCUUUUGUCCUGCCUCCUUCCUGUCAUCACUUUUCUACAAGUGUGAAUGUGACUUGUAAUAGCCUCAUUUUGACUGUAGAGGGGAUGGUUCGCUGCAAUUCUUCAGUACCAUGGCUGAAUUCGGAGGCGCUGGAAAUGCUUGGAUUUGACAUCGACAGUUUGAAAAGAAACGAUGUUAAUUAUUCUCCCAAGGAACAGCUGUGUGAAUUUUUCCGCUCCAACCGGUUCAGAUCUGCAACCUCUGGCCGUAGUAUGAAACCCACUCUGCGCAAGACGUUUGGGAAAAAAUUUCGAGAAUGCUUCAAGGGAAAAGAGCUUGCUGAAAAUACGGACAAGAUGGGCGUACUGGCCUGUGACAAAACCGAGUUUCCAGACUUGACUCCUGACCUCAGCAAGAAAUUUCUCUCUGACCUUGACAACCUUAACUGUGAAAACCCUCGAAUCAAACUGGUAUCACUCACUUACCCAAGCCUUCACCCAUGUCCCCACUCAGCCAGGACACUCAAGGUGAGGAAGCGUCUCAUUAGAUUUCUGAUGUCAAAAAACAACACUGAAGAUCUACAAAAGUUUGCUAGCAGUGUUUUGGAGUUGCCUAUCAGACAACUGAAGAGGAUCCCUCCCAAAUAUCUUGAGGAACUUGUCAAAGGAAAAUACUUAAAAUUGAGUCUUUCAAAGCAGAAGUUCCUGUAUGAAAAAAUAUGCAGCAACAAGUGUAAAGAUUUGUCUGGUAAGGAGCUGAUAGAACUUAGCUCAAUUGUACGAGCACUUCCAAACGGUGCCUUCAAGCGUAUCAAGGAAAUCCUGAAUAAUACAGAGGGCCUGAAGAACGUCUCCAGAUACAUGACCAAGGCACAGCGGUGGUUCGUGGUGGAUAUGCUGUCUAAAACUAUGAGUUCAUCACAGUUGGUAGAGAAGCUGCCCAGAUCCUUGCUUUGCAGGCUUCCUAUAGACAAACUGAACGACCUCACCACCUCUGACAUAAAGAAAAAAACAUGGUGUCUGCCACAGGCUGCUCAACUAGCAAAAAAGAUGUUUCAAGGAAUGAAAAAUUUUAGUGGCAAGAGGAUACCUUCAGGCCGUUGGGAAGCUAAGUGUGAGAUUCUCAAGAAUGUAUCAGACAGUAAAGCAAAGGAAAUGGCUCAGAACAUGACAGACGCUCCGAAGUGGCUCAACCCACAGCUGAAAGAAUGUGUUGCCGAAAAGCUUUUUACGGUCUUGGAGGCAGAGAGAGAUGACUAUUUUGAAACCAUCACCGAGGAGGAAAUAGACAAAAUUCCAAAAGAGAUACGUCUUCGCCUGCUGGCCAAGAAGCUGAAGGAUUUGCCUGACUCUGUGUGCGAUGCCUUACUUGACUUGAAAGAUGAUGACCUGAAAUUAAUACCUCGUCGUUCGAAGACUCGCCCCGCAUUUACUGAGAGAGCUUUGCUUUGCCUGGCCGAUGGGGAAGACUUAUCAGUGCUGACCAAUGAGGAUGUGCUCAGGCUUGGAUCAUUGAAGUGUGAGCUUCAGGCAUCCCAACUGCGCCUCAUGGAUCCCGACGUCCUCGAGUUCACCCUGGAGGCCAUGGCUUUCUGCAAGCGCAUUCCUAAACGCAACACGAAAGAUAUAAUUGAUCUUCUCAUAGAGACUUAUGGGAAAAUAUCCGACUGGUCAGAUGAGAUCAUGGAAACAGUGGGUCCUCUACUCCUUUUGGAUGUCGAUGCCAUAUCUGCUCUGCCCAAUAAGGUGUAUUUCUCUUGUCUUUUGCUUCACACAAUGCUCAUAAUGUUCCACAGUUAUAUUAAUAAAUCUCUCCACAUGAAGAGGGGGUUCAGCACUUUACAUAUGUGGUUGCAAAAAAACCGUCAAACUAGGUCUGCAGAUACUGAAGGACCCACUGAGGAUAACAUUGAAAUGCUGGGCAUGGACAACAUCUUCUGGAAACCUGAAGAGCUGAAGCAGAUGUCAAAUGCUACCUUCAUCAACAGCAUAGAAAUAUUUGCGGCCAUCCCUGACUUCAGAGAACAGCAACUGGAAGUGCUCCUUGAAAAAGCAAUGGAGAUCAUCCCAGAGAAUGAUGACUGCAACGUGAGAGAGUGGGGAUGUAUAACUCGUGGUCUCCCUGAGGAAGAACUGGAGGAAUGCCCCUUUUUAAUGGAUGAGCUGGACGAUAUUGCCCACUGUGACUGGAACGAAACAAAGGUGAAGGCUGUGUGGAAGGCUAUUGCUAAAACCAACAACCUGACAGCAGAGAAGCUGAAAGUUCACCACAUGGUGGCACUAAACCGGUUCAUCUGUGGCCUAAGCUCCGAGGAGAUCCAACAGCUCAACAAGGACGCCUUCAAGGAGGCUGUGGGCUCAAUAGAUGUUUGUCAGUGCUCCUUCGAGGUUUUACAGCAGUUUAAAAGUCUUGCUGUGUCUGCAUUCGGAAGUCCCGAAAACUGGUCCGAGGCACGGGUUUCUGAGCUGGGCUGCAUUGUUGCUGGGUUGAAUGGAACAGAGUUGGCUUCUUUGGGCCCAUCUGUCUUCUCAUAUCUCAAUGAGACGUGCGUCAAGCUCAUACCACCCGAAAACUUUGCUAAACUCUCUGAAGAGCAACUGAUGGCUUUUGAAUCUGCCACUGCUGUGAGUGUAACCAAAGAUCAGGAAGAAGCCCUGGGAGAGGAGCAGAUGGAAGCUCUUGAAAUGGCGAGGACGGGGGAUAUUGAACUAAGAACCGAAACCCCCGAAACCCCCGAAACCCCCGAAAAAUAUAGCUAUUCAGGGGCUCCAUCGCUGAGUGUCGAGGGGAUUGCGGCCGUCAUGAAACCUCUGCUGUUUCUCCUCAUGGGCUUCCUGCUGCUGUAAGAACAGCGAGCCACCACAUCCAGCUGCAUGGGUUUUAGUUAACCACAUAUACACAGCCUCAUAACCAAUAUACUGCGCUUUUGUGUAAUUCUUCAAGUUUAUAUUCAAUUUAUACAUUUCUCUACAUCAGGGGUCAGCAACCUUUUUGAUACUGAGUGCCAUUUUACAUUUUCUUGUUAAUGUGUGCCAUAUCAACAUUAAGACCAUUUUGACCAAGAAAGUACUAGGUAGUAAGUCCAUCUGGUACUUUUAAAGGUUAUGAAAACAUCAUAUCAGAUUUUAAAUGAAUGGCCUUAUCCAGCUUCCAGUAAUCUUGUUCAUCAGAAAUACAUUUAU